GCUGUGCACGCUGGCACAGCUCAAGGGCGGCAGCUUCGGUAUCCGCAGUAACUCCGUGACGGAGAGGGAGGGAGUUCCAGCUAGCGUUCAACACUCAAACGAGAUCCGGGAGCCGCUGAAGUCUGAAGAAACGGGGCUGAAAAAAAAAAAAUAGGAGUCUGAAAAAGGAAGGAAAGCAGACUCGACUGCUGGUGCUGUUUGCUGGAGCACAAAUAGGAUAUUUCAGGUGUUGCUCUACUUUCGAAGGCGACUUUAGCCGGCAUCUCAGCGCCGGACGGACGACGGCAGCGUUAUUACUGACAGAGAGCAGAACCGAGUUGAACAUUUGCUUUCUUCCGCAAGAAGAUGGCAUCAAAUGACUCUCGGCUCCAGCAGCAGCCCUCCCAGAAGGAUGCGGCUGACCAGAACUUUGACUACAUGUUCAAGCUGCUGAUCAUUGGCAACAGCAGCGUGGGCAAAACUUCCUUCCUGUUCCGCUACGCAGACGACUCCUUCACCUCAGCCUUUGUCAGCACUGUGGGCAUCGACUUUAAGGUCAAGACUGUCUUUCGCAAUGACAAGAGAAUCAAGCUGCAGAUUUGGGACACAGCAGGGCAAGAACGCUACCGCACUAUUACCACGGCCUACUACAGAGGAGCCAUGGGCUUCUUGCUCAUGUAUGACAUCACAAACCAGGACUCUUUCAACGCAGUUCAGGACUGGGCGACGCAGAUUAAGACCUACUCAUGGGACAACGCUCAGGUGAUCCUGGUUGGUAACAAGUGUGACCUGGAGGAUGACAGGCUCGUACCCACUGAGGAUGGCCAGCGAUUGGCAGAGGAGCUUGGUUUCCAGUUCUUUGAGGCCAGUGCUAAGGACAACAUCAAUGUGAAGCAGGUGUUUGAGCGUCUGGUGGACGUCAUCUGUGAGAAGAUGAACGAGAGCAUGGAGGGGGACAUCAACCUCAUGUCCAACCACGGGAACCAGGGCCUUAAAGACUCGUCUGCAGAGAGCCAGGGGGGCUGUGCUUGCUAAACCACCUGCCUUCUUACCAAGUCUCCCAACACACACGCACACACACACUCACACUCACACUCAUAACAUUAAGACCAACUCCUUCUCUGUGCCUCAACCAUGGAAAGCACCGCGCCUCUUGCCCUCUUGUUGCUCUAUCACCGCCCAUCUCUGCUUUGUCCACACAGCGCAGCACGAACCAAUGGACAACCAGCUGAAAUUAUCUUCAUCAGUUCUGUCAGACCCCUCUCCUCUCCAGACCUUUGUUUCUGUCUUUGCCCUUAAAGAGGCUCACUCAGUCAGCUCUGUCCUCCCUCCACCCAUCACAUUAACCACCUUUAUCACUGCUGCCCCUUUAGCAUUUUAAAUGUACUGUCUGAGACAUUUGUUCAGCAGCUUCCAUUUCUGAGCCAAAAAUGUGUGCAGAGAGCUAGAAGCUAGUGAUGCCAAAUAGUGUCUGUAAAUGGCUCGUACUGUAGACAUUCAUUCUUUUAUUUGAGAUUCAUAUUGUACAUGUGGUAUGGUUCGCUGUGUAGUUUACUGAAUACUACGUUAAAGUUGGCUUAGUUUUACAAAGAUGAUAACAGUUAGCCUCCCAAAUGCAGACUACAGGUCUUAAGAUAAGUUACUGUCGGGAGGCAUACAUAAGAUCUGAUUGUCUUUCUUGAGAAGCCACUUAAAACAUAUUGUACUGUAGAAACAAAAUGAGUCAUGUCUUUGUUUAUCAUGAUUUGUUUUUCGCCUCAUUUUUAUUCAGAAAGUGAUUUUCAGUGGAUGAAUAGAUGACAGUUCAGAGUGUUCUUGUCCAGUCUAGUCUGGGAAGCUUCAUGCUCCUGACUGAUUGAAGGAGAGAAGGAUGAAUCUGUUGUGUGUCUUUCUCAAACAAAACAUGCUGAGCGUUUCAAGGCAUAAAGGAAUAGUGUGGUCAAAUACGCUUAUUUGCUUUCUUCUGAAGAGUUUGAUUACAUAAUUGGUGCCAUGCUUAUAUCCAUAUGCUACACAUGAAUCUACAGCCAGAAGCCAGAUAGCUUAGCUUAGCACAAAGACACAUAAACCAAUGAUAAAUGAUAGGACUAGAAUUCAGUUGACUUUGGACAGGGCUAGGUUAGCUUUCACCCCCGAAGUUGAGACAAGCUGACUUCUUGUAGUAACAUCAUAUUUACUGUGCAGAUAUAAGAAUGGUGUCAGUCUUCCCCAUCUUCAGUCAUUUUCCAUCGAAUGUUGAACACAGUCAGAAUGUCUGUUGUCCCUAGAUUUCUUUAAAUAUGGACACAUAUCAGUAAAGCGCAGCCAAAUGAAGUGCCGUCGGGAAAAUAAACACACUUUCUUUGGUAAUGCCUUCCUGAACAUGGAUGAUUUCUCUGUGGUGAGAUUCUGAGGUCUGUGUCUCAUCCAUCACUUAUUAUGACACUGAAACACAGAUCAAAAUGUCAAAACAAAAACAAACAAAAAACCUCCCAACAGAAUGUCAUAAUGAACCUUAUCUUCAGCUGAAUCUUGAUGCAGCAGUCUUGUGCAUCCCUCUGCAUCCCUCAGUGCUUCUCAGAGGCCGUUUCUUAAGCACUGAUGCAGAGACGGCUGGACGGCUGUGCUGCUGCUACAUGUUGAGCCUCUUCCACGAGGAAGUCGUCUCACACUUGUAUUGGUCACGUGACCUGCCUUGUUGCAUGUCCUCGCUCACCCCUUUGUGUUGCUCUUUCUUCAACGCUUUCAUUCACGCACACAUUAUUCAUCAUGACACAUAUAACACACACAUGGACACACUGCUCCCCCAACUGCAGCAUGGCAGAACAGUUGGCAUGGCAAACCUACUAUGCUUAAUAACCGAGUAUUUACAAAGUGCUUGAUUAUUUUUCUUUUCCUGUUGUUUUGUUACUGACAUAAUGACUGUUUUGUGGGGCAGCGCAGCGUGUGUGCGUGUGUACUCAGAAAGGGAAGAACACUGAUCUCUGAGAAAGCGAAGUAUAGGCUUUAACUGUGCUGUUGUCACUAUUAAAACAGCAACUGUCUGGUGCAGAAUGUUAUUUAAAAGAACCCGUGUCACUUUAUAUCCCAUUACUGUAAUAUCUCGUCCUGUCAGUGAAGUAAACAAAAUGGGGUUAUAUCUCCUUUCUUCUUGAUGAACAUUAAAAAGCUUUUUUAAUUCCUUUCUACUACUUUGGUAUUUCAGAACAGACAACCUCCCCCUGCUGAAAACCAUCCUGAUUCAUAAAGCAGGAAUGGAAAAAAAAUAAUAAAGAAGACAUUUUUUGGUUAUUAUUUUCUGUUAGUUUUUAUAUACAGUGCCAUUUCACCAUCACCAUCCACGUGCUGACUAAUGGCUGACAGAUACUAUUACCCAUAACCUCUGAAGCAUGAGAGCAGCCUCACGUUGCCAUGCCAAAGCUCGUCGUCGUUCUGCACAGCACAGAGGUUUGGUCGCAGCUGGUGGAUAGCUCGCUCCCUGCUAUUGUAUAAGCCCGUGGUCAGUUAUUUCUCCUGCCAGUGUGUGCUGCAUGAUAGUGGUAGAGAUUAUCAGAUAGCUGAUACUAUCAUCUAAUGUUGGGGUUUAACAUAAGGAGGCUGUGUGCUUGGUCACUGACUCAUAACACUACGUUUGUAUUACAGCAUUUGCGUACAGUGCACUGCGCAGGUUUGCGGUGUAUUUAAAUGGAAUGCAGAGGUAUAAUAUCUGAGGUAGUUUCACUAAAGGAGCUUGCAGUAGUGGCUGCCGCUUGAAUACGCGUUGAAUGUGCUAAACUCGCACCAUAGGCACAGUUGUGCUGAACUGUCCACUGGUAUUGAAUUUUAACCACUUCCUCCCCACCUCUCCUUGAUGAAAAACUGUUGAUGCUUUUGUACAAACAAGUGUGUAGCAUCCAGAGCUGUUAGACUGGGGGGAGCUCUUUUCUUUUCUGUGUUAACAAUCUGUUUUUAUGUCUUGCGUUACUGAUUGUUUGCUUUCUGAAAGAAAGAAGAUCUGAUCACUGGAACCCUUUUAUUUUAGGCUCUGAAUGUGUUGGAUGGAAGCCUUGCAAAAAAAAAAAAUAAUGCAUCUUAUAAACAAGAAUAAAUUGAGUGUGUUGAAAUGUGUAUAUGAAAAUAAAGAAUAUAUUCAUUACAAAAA